GAUAGAAAUGAAAACCUCCACUGGGUCGGAAGCAGAACGAGGCUCCGAGGCCACACAGGCAGGGAUCAGUGGGAAAAUCUGGGAAAGGUCUGUGGGAAAUAUUCUGGGUGAAGAUGCCACCAGCUCAGUAGCAGAGAUCCAUCACUUCAGGCAAUUCCGCUACCAGGAGGCUGAGGGGCCCCGAGAGGUUUGCAGCCAACUUCACCAUCUUUGCCACCAGUGGCUGAAGCCUGAAAGGCACAGCAAGAAGGAGAUGCUGGACCUGGUGAUCCUAGAGCAGUUCCUGGCCGUCCUGCCCCCGGAGAUGGAGAGCUGGGUGAGGGAAUGCCGGCCGGAGACCAGUUCCCAGGCGGUGGCCCUGGCAGAAGGCUUCCUCCUGAGCCAGGCAGAGGGCGAGAACCAGGACCAGCAGGGGCUGUCAGAAGAGGCUGCUGAUUUCUGCGAGGCAGAAAAGGCGCCAUCCGACCUGAGGCAGGGGCCGCUGUUCUGGGGGGCCACACAGGAGAGCGAGGGAGAUGGUGGAAGGACACUAGUGGAUGGAGCUGGAGCUUUGAGACUUUGUGGUGGACAUCAAGCAGCCUCUGAGAAGCAAGGCCAGGGGCUGGUGACUCUCGAGGAGGUGUCUGUCUAUUUCACCCAGGAGGAGUGGGUGCUGCUGGAUCCGGACCAAAGGGCAUUGCACAGGGAAGUCAUGGUGGAGAAUCGCAGGAAUCUGGCCUUUCUCGUUAAUACUCUGGAGCUUAAAGGGCAAUAUCUUGCAAAAAUGGUGAUGGACAGGACUGGCUCCAGCUCCUGCGAGACAGCCAAUGAGAAUGGGCAGAAUUCUGGGCCAAUGGGAAGCAUGACUGCAAGACAGCGGGAGAAGUGCAUAAAAGAGGAACUGAAGGAAUAUCAAAGUGGAGAAUGGAAUCCAUUGUUUCUGAAGAUCCUAAUUCCCCUGAAAUUCAAGUCCAGGAAGAAAGUCACAAAAGAAAUAAAAUGA